AUGUUGCUUUGUUCCGAUGAGGACUCGAGAGGAACAUACAGUAUUGUCUACGAGGACGAUAAUCUAGACGAUGACGAAGAUGGUGUUGACUACGAAUCCAGUGUUCUUGACUCAGAUCCCCAAGGGCUAUCAGACGAGCUCGAGUCACCUCCAUCCAGUCCGACGAUAAAUGAUUACCAAGAUAUAAACAAAGAGGAGCUACAAGAAAACUUUCAGCGAUUUAUGGAUGCUUGGGGCAAAAUCGAUGACCCUCUGUUAUUGAAACGCUGGGUUGCAGCUCAAAGGCAAUUGGAGCUAUUUAACGAAUAUCGCGAUAUGACAUGA